AUGCCUCGUGGAACGCUUGAAGUUAUUCUUGUUAGCGCAAAAGGGCUUCAUGACAGUGAUUUUUUCAAGAAAAUGGAUCCUUAUGUGAUCCUCACUUAUAGGGCACAAGAACACAGAAGCAGUGUUGCUCAAGGUGCAGGAUCUAAUCCCAGUUGGAAUGAAAGCUUCCUUUUUACAGUUUCUGACAAUGUUUCUGAGCUUAAUCUGAGGCUAAUGGACAAAGAUACGUUUACCAAGGAUGAUUUCCUUGGUGAGACAAAUGGCAGUGAACUCAGCAAGGGUGAAGAGGAAAGCAAAAUUGGUGGAUGGAGAGAAUCAGUCAUAGAUUACUAG